AAAAAGAAAACCAAAUGAAUAGUCUAGAAUAAGGUUCCCGUCAAAAUCAAACAGUGGAAAAAUUGGAAAUUUCGUUGUUUUCUGGUAAGUUACGGAAUAGAAAUCAGAAUUGUAGUUGGAGUGGUAAUUUGGUUUAUUUUAACAAUUUAAAACAUUUUCCACUUUAGAUACUUUUCUUCUCUAAAUCUAAACACACGCUAGAAGAAAAUUACCUCUUUGACCUUUCUACGCUUCCACGAAAUUUAGUUACAGACCCAGAAAACUUGCAGUGCGAAAUAACUAGUUCCUCUUCUUAAUUAUCAAAUUUUGCGAUCUGGGUUUUAAGAAAGACGAGAUUUUGUUGGGGAAAACCUGUUCCUUGUAACAUUGGGUUUGAUCUGGUUCUGUCUCUUUGGAGCAAUAAAUUGGAGACUCAGUGUCAGUGUCUAAGAUGAAGGAAAAGCUGGGAUUUUUAGUUGGGGUUUGGUUUCUUCUUUGUGGGGUUUGCGUGGGGAGGUUCGUGGUGGAGAAGAACAGCUUGAAAGUGACUUCUCCGAGCUCGUUGAAAAGUGUAUAUGAAUGUGCCAUUGGGAACUUUGGGGUUCCUCAAUAUGGAGGAACCUUGGUCGGGACUGUGUAUUACCCGAAAGCCAAUCAAAAGGCAUGCAAGGGCUUUGAUGAUUUCGAUGUCUCAUUCAAAUCGAAGCCUGGCGGUCUACCAACCUUUCUUCUUGUCGAUCGAGGAGAUUGUUUCUUCACACUGAAGGCAUGGAAUGCACAGAAAGGUGGAGCAGCCGCAAUUCUCGUUGCAGAUAACAGAAAUGAACCAUUGAUUACCAUGGACACUCCUGAAGAAGAAAAUGCGGAUGCUGAUUAUCUGCAAAAGAUCACAAUUCCCUCAGCCCUUAUUAGCAAAUCUUUGGGAGAUAGCAUAAAAAAAUCUCUGUCUAGUGGGGAGAUGGUCAACAUAAACCUAGACUGGACAGAGGCUCUUCCACAUCCUGAUGAACGUGUUGAGUAUGAGUUCUGGACGAAUAGCAAUGAUGAGUGUGGGCCAAAGUGUGACAGCCAGAUUGAGUUUGUGAAGAACUUUAAAGGAGCAGCUCAGGUACUUGAGCGGAAGGGUUACACUCAGUUUACUCCCCACUAUAUAACUUGGUACUGCCCAGAAGCUUUUGUUUUGAGCAAACAGUGCAAGUCUCAGUGUAUCAAUCAUGGGAGGUACUGUGCUCCAGAUCCUGAGCAAGAUUUCAGUAAAGGUUAUGAUGGGAAAGAUGUAGUGGUUCAAAAUCUCCGUCAAGCUUGCUUCUAUAAAGUGGCCAAUGAAAGUGGAAAGCCAUGGCUUUGGUGGGACUAUGUCACUGACUUUGCCAUACGUUGCCCAAUGAAAGAGAAGAAGUACAACGAAGAGUGUGCAAAUCAAGUUAUUGAAUCCCUUGGUGCUGAUCUCAAGAAGAUACAGAAAUGUAUUGGGGACCCUGAGGCUGAUGAGGAGAACGCAAUUCUGAAGGCCGAACAGGAUGCACAGAUUGGCAAAGGCUCCCGUGGAGAUGUUACGAUAUUGCCAACUCUUGUAAUAAACAGCAGACAGUACAGAGGGAAAUUAGACAAAGGAGCUGUUCUCAAGGCCAUCUGUGCCGGUUUCCAGGAGACCACUGAGCCUGCUGUUUGUUUAAGUGAAGAUAUAGAAACAAAUGAGUGCUUGGAAAACAAUGGAGGUUGCUGGCAGGACAAAUCUGCUAACAUUACUGCAUGCAGGGAUACAUUCCGAGGAAGAGUGUGUGAAUGCCCUACUGUGCAAGGUGUAAAGUUUGUUGGUGAUGGUUAUACCCGCUGUGAAGCUUCAGGAGCAUUACGUUGUGAAAUUAACAAUGGAGGUUGUUGGAAAAAAACCCAAAAUGGCAGGACUUACUCUGCAUGUCGUGAUGACCAUACAAAUGGUUGCAAGUGUCCGCCAGGAUUCAAGGGUGAUGGGGAGAAAACAUGUGAAGAUGUGGAUGAGUGCAAAGAGAAGGUCAAUUGCCAAUGCGCACAAUGUAAAUGCAAGAAUACUUGGGGCAGUUAUGAGUGCAGCUGCGGUGGUGGUUUACUGUACAUGCGAGAACAUGAUGCAUGUAUAAGUAAAAAUGCCAGCGUUUCAGAGUUUAACUGGGGCUUCAUGUGGGUUAUUAUUCUCUGUUUGGGUGCUGUUGGAGUUGGGGGAUAUGCAGUGUACAAGUACAGAAUCCGGAGAUACAUGGAUUCGGAGAUCCGGGCGAUCAUGGCGCAGUACAUGCCAUUGGAUAAUCAAGGAGAAAUUCCCAACCAUGUUCCCCGUGGGGAUAUCUGAAACUGGUGGAGGCACUCAUAAGAUGAGAGGCUGUUUGAGAGGGAGUGAAGGAGGGCGACCAGAUUAUAUCCUCAAAUCUUUUUCGUCAUUUCCUCAUCUGCCUCUAGCCUCUGGCCUCUUGACAAUUGAUUUUAUUGGUCAUGACUCGUGAGAGUAAUAUUUUCAAUGUGUCUAGCAGCAGCCUUGUGCCUUGGUUAAUGACCAUUUUGCCUUUUUUUUUUCUUUCUAAAUUUUAGGAGGAAACAUUAAUCGUCACGCUUUGUUCUCAUAAAUGUAAAACAUGCAUGCACAAUAGGAAGCUAGAUAGAAAUACUUGCCUCUCCUGGCACAUGACAUGCGUGCGUGUUGAGAAGAAUUAUUGUCAUUCAUGAUCA